AUGACGAAUAUGUGUGCUAAGAAAGUAGUACUAGUUGAUAAUUACGACUCGUUUACUUGGAAUAUUUACGAGUAUUUGUGCCAAGAGGGUGCCGAUGUGCAGGUAUUCCGUAAUGAUAAGAUUACCGUGGAAGGAAUUGUAGAGUUGAAUCCUGACAUUGUGCUCAUUUCUCCUGGUCCGGGCCAUCCAAGGACAGAUUCUGGGAUUUCUAGAGACUGUAUUCGUCAUUUUGCCGGUAAGAUUCCUGUAUUUGGUGUGUGUAUGGGCCAGCAAUGUAUGUUUGAGGUAUUUGGUGGUGAAGUGACUUUUGCUGGUGAGAUUGUGCAUGGUAAGACCACACCUAUCUUCCACGAUAAUAAAGGUUUUUUUAAAAACGUUCCGCAGGGUGUGGCAGUUACACGAUACCACUCUUUGGCUGGUACCGAAUGUUCGUUGCCCGAUGAGUUGGAAGUCACUGCACGGACAGAGAAAGGUAUUAUUAUGGGUGUUAGGCAUAAAAAGUACACUGUUGAAGGUGUUCAAUUCCAUCCAGAAUCUAUCUUGACUGAAGAAGGUCAUUUGAUGAUCAAGAAUAUUCUUAGUGUUACCGGUGGUACUUGGGAAACAAGCGAAAAGGGUACUCUGAAUGGAACCGCUGGAAAGAAGAGCUCUAUUUUGGAGAAAAUUUAUGAUCAACGUAGGAAGGAUGUCGAGAUUCAAUCAAAGACUCCCGGUUUCACUUUACAGGAUUUGCAGGCCAAUUUCCAGCUGGGUUUGGCACCAAAAUCACAAAACUUUUACGAUAGAAUUUUAGCUUCUCAGGGUAGAGCUGCCGUCUUAGCUGAAGUUAAGAGAGCUUCGCCAUCGAAGGGUGACAUCCAAUGUAAAGUUGUGGCGGCAGAGCAAGCUUUGAGUUACGCCAAGGCUGGAGCAGAUACUAUCUCUGUGCUAACAGAGCCUCACUGGUUCAAAGGCUCUAUACAGGAUUUGACCAACGUUAGAAAAGUGUUGGACUUGGAAUAUUCCUCCAACCCUUCUGCCAGACCCUGUGUCCUGCGGAAAGAAUUCAUAUUCAGCAAGUACCAGAUACUCGAGGCAAGAUUGGCUGGUGCGGACACAGUUCUGCUGAUUGUCAAGAUGUUAGAGCAAGACCAACUGCAAGACCUAUAUAGAUACGCCAAGGAUGAAUUGCAAAUGGAACCGCUCGUUGAAGUCAACUCAAAAGAAGAAUUGGGGCGCGCACUGACGGUUGGUGCUAAGGUGAUCGGUGUCAACAACAGGGAUCUACAUUCUUUUACAGUAGACCUGAACACCACUAGUAAUUUGAUAGAUUCUACUCCAGCUGGAACACUACUGAUUGCUCUCUCUGGUAUUACUAGCGGGCAAGAUGCCGAAAAAUAUAAGAGUGAAGGUGUGAAAGGUCUCCUAGUUGGUGAGGCCCUAAUGAGAUCGACGGAUGUUCAGUCCUUUAUCCACGAGCUUGCCGUUUGA